AUGCAAGAAAAGUUCACGCUUGCAAGAAUAAAAGAGCAGUUUAAGCCAACGCCUAUAGAGGAUAUUGUGGGUAAGGCUAUAGCCGAGGUUCUUCCAGAUCAUGGAAAGCCUUGGUAUAUGGUGAAGCACUUGCUUUUGCUCAAUAUUCUCUUGAUUGUUCCACUUCUCUCGGCUGCAGUUAACGGAUACGAUGGUUCCUUGAUGAACGGACUCCAGUCGAUGGAGGAAUGGAGAGAGCAGUUUGGUCAUCCUAAAGGCACUAUGCUUGGUUUCGUCAAUGCAGCUCAGAGUAUCGGAGGUGUCGUUGUUCUUCCAGUUGCUGGUUUCCUUGCCGAUACUCUUGGAAGAAAAAUGACCUUGACUAUUGGUCUCACUGGUGUUAUUGUUGCUACAAUUAUCCAGGCUACGGGUCACAAUCUCGGUCAACUUAUUGCAUCCAGAUUCAUUGUGGGAUUUGCUGGUAUUUUGGCUAUUCAACCAGCGCCUUUGAUUGUUGCUGAAUUGUCCUACCCUACCAUGAGAGGAAAGAUGACCUGUUUGUACUUUACGCUCUUCUAUAUUGGUGCCAUUUUGGCGGCAUGGUCGUGCUAUGGUUGCACUGGUAGAGGAGACUCCUGGGCCUGGCGUAUUCCUACAAUCCUUCAAGGAGCUUUCCCCGCUAUCCAGCUUGCAUUCUUGUACUUUGUUCCCGAAAGUCCAAGAUGGCUUGUUUCGAGGGGCAAGGUUGACAAGGCUAGGGAUAUUUUGGUGAGGUUCCAUGGCGGUGGAGACGUCAAUAGUCCACUUGUUGAAACCGAGAUGAUCGAAAUUUCUAAUGCCUUGGAUAUGGAGAAAGAAGCUAACCAGACCACCUGGAAGGCCUUUUUCUCCACCCCUGGCAACAGAAAACGUGCUUUUAUUGCCAUCACUAUGGGUAUCUUCUCCCAAUGGAGUGGUAAUGCUAUUGUGUCUUAUUACUUCACUUUGGUCCUUGACACCAUCGGUAUCACAUCCUCGUCCAUGCAAACCUUGAUCAACGGUUUCUUGCAAAUUUUCAAUUUUGUCUUUGCUACUUUGGGUGCUAUUAGCGUUGACUUCUUUGGCAGAAGGUUCCUUCUUUUGUGGUCGGGUACCGGUAUGCUAAUAUCUUACGUUAUCUGGACAAUUUGCUCUGCGCUUUUUGAGCAAACUCAGUCUGUUGCAGCAGGAAGAGCGGUGGUUGGUUUUAUUUUCAUCUUCUUCUUCCACUACGAUAUUGCUUACACUCCUUUGCUUGUGGGCUACCCUACCGAGAUUUUCCCAUACUCCAUGCGUUCCAAAGGUGUCUCGCUUGUCUUUGCAACUGUGUCAGCGUCUUUGGUCAUCUCCUCAUUUUGUAACUCUAUCGCCAUGGACAAUAUUGGCUGGCGCUACUACAUUGUGUUUUGUGUGAUUCUUUUGUUCGCUGUACUUAACACAUUCUUCUUUUACCCAGAAACAAAGGGCUACUCCUUGGAGGAGAUUGCGGUCUUAUUCGACGGUGAGAAGGUUACCGAUCUGGAGAUUCUGUUCGCCGAGGAUGGCGACCACUUGAAAUCUCUGCUUUCCGGCAAGAAAGAAAUCGAAGUCGAGCACUUGGAGACAGUGAGCAGGUCAAGCUGA